UCGUCGUCGUGCCGUUCCGUGCACUGCUCGAGAAUCUGCUGGCAAAGGCAAGAGCGAGAGGUAUCGACAGCAUCGAGUGGAGGAGUGCGGCGACCCGUCGUGCUACAUUGGUGUUCGUCAGUGCAGACAACGUCGCUGGCACCGGCUUCAUCGGACACUUGAAGCAGUGGGAGCAGAAGGGUGUAUUACGACGAGUGUUCUUAGACGAGGCACAUCUCGCAUUCAAGGACAAUCACUGGCGAGCAAAGCUAGCCGGGCUACAUCAGCUUAGAGGCACUCGAUGUCCGCUGGUAAUGCUCACUGCGACGCUACCGAAAACACUCGUGCCGGAACUAGAGCACUGCAUGGCAGCGCAAUACGCUCGAUACAUCCGCUGCUUAACGAUCCGAGCGCGCACUCGAUACAUCGUCGAAGAGGUGAAGCGAGGGACGCUCCGCGAGCGGGUCUUGGAUCUGUGCCGUCGUAUACAGGUGCAGCUGGGUCAGAACCGCGGCGUGGUGUACUGUAAAAGCCGUGCCGAGUGCGAGGAGCUAGCGAGAGAGUUGGGAGUGAUAUAUUUUAGGGGGCAAGAGGCCGACAACCCGGAGCGGCUGGAGCACUGGCUCAAACAGAACGGCUUGAUCGUGGCGACGUCUGCGCUCGGGACAGGCGUGGACUUUGAGCGGAUCGUGUUCACGCUGCACGUCGACAUCCCGUAUGGCAUGGUCGAUUACGCACAGGAGUCAGGCCGAGGGGGGAGGGCUGGUGAGGACGUGGAUUCGCUCUUGAUCUACGAGCAGGGUGGCGCAGACCGGGCAUACAAGCGAGCACGCAACUGCGACGAGCGUGCGAUUGCGAAUUUCGUCAGGACGCAGGGCUGUCGUCGCAAGGUCAAAGGCUUAUAUCUGGACGGAGAAGAGGUAUCGUGUGGUCAAGGAGAUCUCGCGCGGUGCGACAACUGCGGAGAAGGCGUGACUGCGCUCGAACGACGGUAUAAGCAGGAGGCACAUGAGCGCCGGUUGUUUGAAGAGACGAUGGACAGCUUAGUGGACUUUUGCGCCGCUUGUUGGGUGGGUAACAGCUCAGACAGCGACAGUUGGGAGCAUUCGGCAAAGGACUGCGCGAUGGCUCAUCCGGCUGCUGAGGUGGAUGCGUUUCGAGGUCAGCUCCGCUUCGACAAGGACACACAUAGCUGCUACAAAUGUGGCAUCAGUCAGAGGCUAUGCCGGACAGGAGAAGACUCGAAGCAGGUAUGUCAGUGGCCGGGCCGAGUGGCGCCGUUGCUAUACGCACUUGUUCAGAGCGAGAAUCGACUACAUACGCUAUAUAACGCUGGAUACGACGAGGACAGCUUGGAUGUAGCUGCAUGUGUGCAGUGGCUCGGUCGACGACACCCGCGUCGGGUCUGGAACGAGGUCGUCAGCAACGGAAUGGCAGUGCUAGUCCGAGCAAUUGUCGAAGCACACGCAGUCGAGCCGAGUCAAGUGAGUCAGGCGGUAUUGAGUAGAACGGGUAGUCCGGAGGUGGGAGAGCUCCCGAGCAGUCCGCCGCUGCAGGCGUCUACAAGACUGAUAGACGUCGAGGAAGAGGCAGCUUUCGCAAGUGAGGGCGACGGGCUUAUCGAGUUGCUUAGUGACUGGGCUGAUCAGGGGGACGGUAGCGUAGAGCACGACGGGCUAGGCUUCGUUGGAGCGGAUAUCGAGGAGGCAUGUCAGUCGGAGCUCAAAGAGAUGGAUGCAAGCAGUGAGGCAGGUGAAGAGGUGGAUCACAGAGCCGAUAUUGCUAUAGAGUCGACAUCGGUCGCGUUGCAGCCGCGAAGAGAUAGCAGUGUCGAGUACGGGGAGUUGCAGCCCGAGCAGUUCAAGGGUUUGUUGCAGGCGUGGCGGGGUCAGUGCAGUAUUUGUCUCGUUCGAGGGUUGGACGGCCGGCGACAUCCGUGGAGAAGCUGCAGUUAUGUCGAGGCGCGAGGGGGCAUGGACUCACGGCGAUCAUUACUAGGGCAGGUGCGAUACCGCUACAGUGCAUGUUUCCAAUGUCAUGCGCCGCAGGCACUAUGCGAUAUGUGGCAGGGGCAGCGCAUCGGUAGGCAGUGGAGGUUCAAGCGCGUACACGGAGCGCAGUGUCAGUUCGAGGACGUGGUGAAGGACAUGGGAGCAGCGAUUUGGGCAGUACGAGGAGGGGAAAUUCAGGGAUGGAUUGCACAGCAGGCAGACGGGCCGGCGGCGCUCAGGACAGGCGAAAAGGGUGUUUUGGAGUGGUUUGGCGGGCAGUUUAUAGCCGGUGGGAUCGAGGUGUCGGGGUUGUAUAGGCCGCUCAAUGAGGAUUCGGACGAAGUCGAGCAAAAGAAGCACGGAAGCACGAUAGCGACAGGGUUAGGGUUAGGCGAAGAUGGGGGACAGUUGAAGAGUAGGUUUGGGAUACCCGACGGAGCUGAGCGGAUCGGGAAGGAGCAAAUGCAUAAAUGA